UUUUGUCAAACUAUAGCACAGACUGACCCUCCAGCGAAACUAUUUCACGGAUCUAACCCUUUUGUGUGGCGCCCUCCUCACGGGCGCCACACAUGCCCAUGUGGCGCCCCUGGCCCUGGCGCCACACACCCAUCCGACGUGGCCCGUCGACGCUGAGCUGGUUACCCCGAUCCGACGUGGCAGCAGGAGUGGCGCCGCUCUCGCCGGCGCCACACUUUGAAAGUGUGGCGCCCGUGGCAAGGGCGCCACACAUUCACUUAAGUUUUGGCCGCGCGCGCCCGCCCAGCCCGACCAUCUUCUUUCUCCUCUCUUCUUCCCGUGAAGAACAGAAGGUGGCCGGCGGUUCCUCUCUCUCCCCCCCUUUCCCCCCACAAAAUCCACGACCAAAUCACCAGAUCUGUCCGUGGAGAUCGUUCCCCAUCCAUUUGUCAAGGAUGGCCGGUCCCGGUGGACGGGGAAGGGGCCGCCGCGGUCCUGGGCGCCCCCCGGGCCGGGGAAGGGGCCGCCGCGGUGGAGCAGCAAGGGCCCCACGGUCACCGUCACCUGCAUCCUCCUCGUCUUCGCAUGAGGAACGCUGCUUCGAGUUCCUCCUCCGCAUCGACAACGACCCACUCGGCAUCAAGCGGCUACCGGACAAGUUCGCCGAGUUCGUCGACGGCCACGAGCCGGCGCACUUGCAGCUACGGGAGGCUAGCUGCAACUCUGCCGCCGUCGACAUCUUGCUGGCUGUCGGCGACCAAGGCAAUAGUGCCUUCAACGCCAACUUUCAAACCUUCUUGCCGAAGCUUGAGCCCAAGAUCUUCUUGAGAAUUGAAGCAUUUGGUGAGAUCGGUAAAAGGCGUGGGUUCUUCCUUCUUCGGGAAGAAGUAAGGAAACAGUUGCGACAGACCUGCUCUGGCAUCGGCAAGACCUUCACGCGCCUCAUCUCCAUGGAUCUCAAGGAGGGAGAGAGCGUCGAGAAGGCGAUCACCUUCAGGGUUCUCCAGAUCAUAAUCCUGCUGCGUUUUCCCUAA